CAUGUCUAGCCUAGGGCUUCUCCGCCCGUGUCACGAGGCUCCCGCUCGGGGGUGGCGUUUCCCUUCUCCCGCCCAACAGGGUCGGGGGGGGGGGUGAAGUGAGCGGACAGUUUAACGUCCUACUGCAGGGCCGGGCCGGGCCGGGCCGGGCCGGCGCGGGGUCUCUAGGCCCAUCCACCCAGUGAGAUGGGGGCCUGGGAAGAACAAACCCGGCCCCCUUGGGACUCUCCCGCGAGCCAGAGCUCGGACCCUGCCAGCACCCGCCGCUGCGGCGAUGGGGGUGCGGAGCUCCUAGCCGAGCGACCCGGCCGGUAGCGACCUCUCCCCGGGGCGGCCGUGGGGCGAGUGCACAGGCUCCCGUGGGGAACGUAGAGCACCCGCAUUAGGUGCCUGCCAACGCUAGGUGGGGCCAAGCGUGUGGCCUGCAGAGACGAGCGGUUCCAGCUCUGAAGGCGCCGUGCUGCCCUGUGCUCGCACCUCUGUGUUAGCGCAGCUCAGGGCUGGAAUAUGCCCUGUCUGAAAGUGUGUUGGAUGCAACGCUUGGACUUUCCGUGAGUUGUCAAUGCGGGGCUCAGUUGGCCCUUUGGGCACUCGGAGCUAAAGAAUUACUGUAACUAUAGAGAGAAACUGAGGCACAAUGGGAGACGAUAGCGAGUGGAUUAAACUGUCCAUUGACCAGAAAUGUGAACACAAGUUGUGGAAAGCCAGAGUGAAUGGCUACGAAGAAGCUCUGAAGCUUUUUCAGAAAAUAGAAGAUGAGAAAAGCCCUGAAUGGUCCAAGUAUCUGGGACUAAUAAAGAAAUUUGUGACAGACUCUAAUGCAGUGGCUCAGUUGAAAGGAUUAGAAGCAGCACUUGCCUAUGUUGAAAAUGCUCAUGUAGCAGGAAAGACAACAGGAGAAGUGAUUUCUGGAGUUGUAAAUAAAGUGUUCAAUCAACCUAAAGCCAGAGCAAAGGAGUUGGGUAUAGACAUAUGUUUAAUGUAUAUAGAAAUUGAGAAAGGGGAGCCUGUACAAGAAGAGCUGUUAAAAGGCCUGGACAACAAGAACCCUAAGAUCAUAGUAGCAUGUAUAGAGACAUUAAGGAAAGCACUGAGUGAAUUUGGUUCAAAAAUAAUCUCACUAAAGCCAAUUAUCAAAGUGUUGCCAAAACUCUUUGAGUCUCGAGAGAAGGCUGUUCGAGAUGAAGCCAAACUCCUUGCUGUAGAGAUUUACCGCUGGAUAAGGGAUGCUCUGAGACCACCAUUACAGAACAUAAACUCGGUUCAGCUAAAAGAAUUGGAAGAAGAAUGGGUCAAUCUACCGCCAGCGGCUCCCAAACAGACCAGAUUCCUGCGUUCCCAGCAAGAGCUGAAAACCAAGUUUGAGCAGCAGCAAGCAGCUGGAGGGGAUGCAGAUGGAGGAGGACAUGAUGGGGAUGAGGUUGUCCCACAGGUGGAUGCUUAUGAGCUGCUGGAAGCUGUGGAGAUUCUUUCCAAACUUCCCAAAGACUUCUAUGACAAAAUAGAAGCCAAAAAGUGGCAAGAGAGGAAAGAAGCUCUGGAAGCUGUUGAGAUGCUGGUGAAGAAUCCCAGACUGGAAGCAGGGGACUAUGCAGACUUGGUGAAAGUUCUUAAGAAGGUUGUUGGAAAGGACACAAAUGUCAUGUUGGUUGCUUUGGCUGCCAAAUGCCUUGCUGGAUUGGCUACUGGACUCAGGAAGAAAUUUGGACAAUAUGCAGGACAAGUUGUCCCAACUAUCCUGGAAAAGUUUAAAGAGAAGAAGCCUCAGGUCGUGCAGGCCCUGCAGGAAGCCAUAGAUGCAAUCUUCCUUACGACUACAUUGCAGAACAUAAGUGAGGAUAUUUUGGCUGUGAUGGACAACAAAAACCCAACAAUCAAGCAACAGACAUCCCUCUUCAUUGCAAGAAGCUUUCGUCACUGUACACCUUCUACCCUGCCAAGGAGCCUGCUAAAACCCUUCUGUGCUGCUCUUCUUAAGCAUAUCAAUGACUCUGCCCCUGAAGUUAGAGAUGCUGCAUUUGAAGCACUAGGCACAGCUCAGAAGGUGGCUGGAGAGAAAGCUGUGAACCCUUUCCUAGCAGAUGUGGACAAACUCAAACUUGAUCGGAUUAAAGAAUGUGCUGAAAAGGUGGAGCUGGCUUAUGGUAAGAACACAGGUGGAGCAGCUGAUAAAAAGGAAUGCAGACCUGCUGCUGGAAAGACCCCUGUUCUUUCAGGGGCUGCUGGGGACAAGGAUACAAAAGACACUUCAGCAAAAUCAGGACCUUUGAAAAAGGCUCCUGCUGCCAAGUCUGGGGGCCCUCCCAAGAAAAGCAAGCCAGCCGCAGCUGCUGGUGCAGGAGGUGCUGGAACUAAAGGCAAGAAAGGAUCUGAGACCAAAGAGAUAUUUGAACCUGAACUCUCGAUAGAAGUGUGUGAAGAGAGAGCUUCAGCUGUCCUCCCAGCCUCUUGCAUACAGCAGUUAGAUAGUGGUAACUGGAAGGAGAGACUUGCCUGCAUGGAGGAGUUUCAGAAGGCUGUAGAACUGAUGGAGAGAAGUGAAAUGCCUUGCCAAGCUCUGGUGAGGAUGCUGGCCAAGAAACCUGGGUGGAAGGAAACCAACUUUCAGGUAAUGCAAAUGAAGCUUCAUAUAGUUGCCCUGAUUGCUCAGAAGGGGAACUUUUCCAAAACAUCAGCCCAAGUUGUGCUGGAUGGUCUUGUGGACAAGAUUGGUGAUGUGAAAUGUGGGAAUAAUGCAAAAGAAGCAAUGACAGCAAUAGCAGAAGCAUGUCUGUUGCCAUGGACUGCUGAACAGGUUAUGUCCAUGGCUUUCUCUCAAAAGAAUCCUAAAAACCAGUCGGAAACCCUGAACUGGCUCUCAAAUGCAAUUAAAGAGUUUGGCUUUUCUGGGUUGAAUGUUAAGGCUUUCAUCAGCAACGUAAAGACAGCUCUUGCUGCCACUAACCCAGCUGUAAGGACUGCUGCUAUUACCUUGUUGGGCGUCAUGUAUCUCUAUGUUGGACCCCCUUUGCGAAUGUUCUUUGAGGAUGAGAAGCCAGCUCUUCUCUCCCAGAUAGAUGCAGAAUUUGAAAAGAUGCAAGGGCAGACUGCACCUGCUCCAACUCGAGGCACUUCCAGACACAGUGGUGGCAGCGGGGAUGAUGGUGAGGAAAGAGAUGAGCAAGAGGAUAUAGGGAAUGAUGUUGUGGAUCUUCUGCCAAGAACAGAGAUCAGUGAUAAGAUCACAGCUGAAUUGGUGUCUAAGAUUGGGGACAAAAACUGGAAGAUCCGAAAGGAGGGUCUGGAUGAAGUGACAUGCAUCAUUAAUGAUGCCAAAUUCAUACAGCCAAAUAUAGGAGAACUUCAAGCUGCCUUGAAGUGUCGUCUCAAUGACUCCAAUAAAAUCUUGGUUCAGCAAACACUGAGCAUCCUCCAGCAGUUAGCCAUGGCAAUGGGCCCAAACAUCAGGCAACAUGUGAAAAACCUGGGCAUUCCGAUCAUCACAGUUCUUGGGGACAGUAAGAACAAUGUACGUGCUGCUGCUCUGGCUACCGUGAAUGCCUGGACAGAACAGACUGGCAUGAAAGAAUGGUUGGAAGGAGAGGACCUGUCUGAGGAGCUCAAAAAAGAAAACCCUUUCUUAAGACAAGAGCUUCUGGGCUGGUUGGCUGACAAGCUGCCUACUCUCCGUUCUGUUCCUUCCGACUUGCUUUUGUGUGUGCCUCACCUAUACUCCUGCUUGGAAGAUCGAAAUGGAGAUGUGCGUAAAAAAGCACAGGAUGCCCUGCCAUUCUUUAUGAUGCAUCUCGGUUUUGAGAAGAUGGCGAAAGCUACUGGCAAGCUGAAGCCAACUUCCAAAGAUCAGGUACUGGCCAUGCUUGAAAAAGCCAAAGCCAUCAUGCCAGCCAAACCAGCUGCUCCUGCUAAGACAUCUUCCAAAGUGGUAGGAGGAGGAGCUCCAGCCAAAUUCCAGUCUGCAUCAGCACCUGCUGAAGAUUCAGGGUCCAGCACUCUGGAGCCCAAGCCUGACCCCAAAAAGACCAAAGCAGGAGGAGCUGCCUCUAAAGCUAAGGGUGCACAAGGGAAGAAGAUACCAAGUAAGCCAAACCUGAAGGAAGAUGAUGACAAAUCAGGUCCUAUUUUUAUCAUAGUCCCAAAUGGGAAAGAGCAGAGAAUGAAAGAUGAGAAAGGAUUGAAGGUGCUGAAAUGGAACUUUACUACUCCCCGUGAUGAAUAUAUCGAGCAGCUAAAGACUCAGAUGUCCAGCUGUGUUGCCAGAUGGGUACAAGAUGAGAUGUUUCAUACAGAUUUUCAGCACCACAACAAGGCACUGGCUGUGAUGGUAGAGCAUUUGGAGAGCGAAAAAGAUGGAGUUGUCAGCUGUCUGGAUCUGGUCUUGAAGUGGCUCACCCUACGGUUCUUUGAUACCAACACAAGUGUUCUGAUGAAGGCCCUUGAAUACCUUAAAUUGCUUUUCACCUUGCUGAGCCAGGAGGAGUAUCACCUUACUGAGAACGAGGCAUCCUCUUUCAUCCCAUAUCUUAUCCUGAAGGUUGGGGAAUCAAAAGAUGUUAUCCGCAAGGAUGUGCGUGCCAUUCUGAAUAGGAUGUGCUUAAUCUAUCCAGCCAGCAAGAUGUUCACUUUCAUCAUGGAGGGGACAAAGUCCAAAAACUCAAAACAGCGGGCAGAGUGCCUGGAAGAGCUGGGAUGUCUUGUUGAGUCAUAUGGCAUGAAUGUGUGCCAGCCAACUCCUGGCAAAGCAUUAAAGGAGAUGGCAAUUCACAUUGGCGACAGAGACAACACUGUCCGCAAUGCUGCGCUUAACACCAUCGUGACUGUCUACAAUGUGCAUGGGGACCAGGUGUUCAAGCUGAUUGGAAAUCUUUCUGAGAAAGACAUGAGCAUGCUGGAGGAGAGAAUAAAACGGGCUGCUAAGAGACCCGCUGCUGCUCCAGCAAGGCAGGCAGAAGAGAAACCUCAGCGUGCUCAGAGCACAAAUGCUAAUGCUAGUGUGCUGAGGAAGGGACCAGCUGAGGACAUGUCUUCCAAACUCAACCAAGCCCGCAACAUGAGUGGCCAUUCUGAGACAACACAUACAGUUCCACGGGAAUUCCAGCUGGAUCUAGAUGAAAUUGAGAAUGACAAUGGCACAGUUCGAUGCGAGAUGCCAGCACUUGUACAGCACAAACUAGAUGACAUCUUUGAGCCAGUCCUGAUCCCGGAACCCAAGAUCCGUGCUGUGUCUCCACACUUUGAUGACAUGCACAGUAAUACAGCUUCCACCAUCAACUUUGUCAUCUCCCAGGUAGCCAGUGGUGACAUAAAUACUAGUAUCCAGGCUCUGGCACAGAUUGAUGAGGUCCUCAGACAGGAGGACAAAGCAGAAGCCAUGUCUGGCCACAUUGACCAGUUCCUAAUAGCUACAUUCAUGCAGCUCCGACUGAUCUACAACACACACAUGGCAGAUGAGAAAUUGGACAAGGAUGAGAUAGUCAAGCUCUACAGCUGCAUCAUCGGGAACAUGAUCUCGCUAUUCCAGAUGGAGAGCCUGGCCCGGGAGGCCUCCACAGGAGUGCUAAAAGACUUAAUGCAUGGCCUCAUUACAUUAAUGCUGGAUUCACGGGUUGAAGAUCUCGAGGAAGGGCAGCAGGUCAUCCGAUCAGUCAACCUUUUGGUGGUGAAGGUUCUGGAGAAGUCUGACCAGACUAACAUCUUGAGUGCCCUGCUUGUUCUGCUCCAAGACAGUCUGCUAGCAACAGCCAGCUCUCCCAAGUUCUCGGAGCUUGUCAUGAAGUGUCUGUGGAGAAUGGUGCGGCUUCUUCCUGAAACCAUCAAUAGCAUCAACCUGGAUCGAAUCCUGCUGGACAUCCACAUUUUCAUGAAGGUGUUUCCCAAGGAGAAGCUGAAGCAGUGUAAAAGUGAAUUCCCCAUAAGGACACUUAAGACUCUGCUUCACACCCUGUGCAAGCUGAAAGGGCCCAAGAUCUUGGACCAUUUAACAAUGAUAGAAAACAAGAAUGAAUCUGAGCUGGAGGCUCACCUGUGUCGAGUAAUGAAGCACUCCAUGGACCAAACUGGAAGCAAGACUGAUAAAGAGACAGAAAAGGGGGCUUCUCGUAUAGAUGAAAAGUCUUCAAAGGCCAAAGUAAAUGAUUUUUUAGCAGAGAUAUUUAAGAAGAUUGGCUCCAAGGAGAACACUAAAGAGGGUCUGGCAGAGCUGUAUGAAUACAAAAAGAAGUAUUCUGAUGCAGACAUUGAGCCCUUCCUGAAAAACUCCUCUCAGUUCUUCCAGAGCUACGUGGAACGAGGCCUCCGGCUCAUUGAGAUGGAAAGGGAGGGCAAAGGACGCAUUCCUUCAUCUACAGGAAUUUCUCCUCAUGGGCGAGGUAACAUGUCUCCCCACUUCCACCACACAGUGUCUUCAUCAUAGGAAACACAAAUUGGGGAGGAGGUGGGGCCUUCAGUCUACCUGGAAAGGCUAAAAAUCCUCAGGCAACGUGUGGCCUUGACAAUGCAAAGCAGGAAGACAGACCACCAUUGACAUCACUGCUCUCCAAACCAGCCACCCCUACAGUUGCAUCCUCCACGGAUAUGCUGCACAGUAAGCUCUCUCAGCUCCGUGAGUCACGGGAGCACUACCAGCAUUUGGACCUGGACUCCAAUCAGACUCACUCCUCUGGCAUUGGAACCACCACCUCUUCCUCUUCCUCAGCAGCCAAUAUUGAUGACUUGAAAAAAAGACUGGAGAGAAUAAAAAGCAGUCGCAAAUGAAGCUGUUUGAGAGAGAGAGAGAGAGAGAGCGAGCGUGCAAGCAUGGCUGCUGCUUAGCUGUCUUCAGCUUUAGUUUACUAAACUAGAAGUCUUCAUAGUUAAAGGGGCCUCAUUUAGGCCUAGUGUAUACAAAAUUGGUUUAUGUAUAAUACAGUGGAUUUGGGGGAUGAUCUGAGUCAUUGUGGCACAAGUAUUUGUACAUACUCUGCUUCUCAGUGAGCCUCUCUUGACAAUAGAAGAUUGUCUGUGUAUUAGGUGUAGUGUACAGACCUGUAAACAGCUGUCCUCCUGCUCAGACUAGCUUCUCAUAACUUGGUUUUUUAUUUGUAAAAUUGUCUUAAGAUCUUUUCCUAGCUCUUAACUCUUAGAAGCUCUUUAGUGGUUUCACUUUUAAUUUUGUGAAUUCUUCUCCGUGUAAUCCUUGAACUGUUGAUUCUGUAUGGACGCAUGGCAUGGAGUAACUAAUUUCAGUGUCUUCUUUUGUAAAUAAAGUUUGCAUUAAUUCUACCAGUCCCUGUAAGAGCAGCAGUGACUGUCCAUGGGAA